AUGUCAUCCGAACAGCUGAACGUCAUUGCCUUGGUCUCGGGGGGCAAGGACAGUUUCUUCUCCGCCCUGCACUGUCAGAGGAACGGGCAUCGACUCGUCGCCCUCGCCAAUCUCUUUCCCUCCGCCUCCGUUAGCGCCGGCUCCGACGCCACGCGCUCGGCCCCUGGGACCAUCGUUUACGAGCCCAAGGGGGAUCACGUGAAGGAUGCUCAGGAGCAGGAGGAAGGAGCGAAGGCUGGCAACAGGGCCGAUGAUGACGCCGACCUGAAUAGUUUCAUGUACCAGACCGUCGGCCACCAGGUCAUUCCCCUAUAUGCGGACGCCACGGGGCUGCCGCUUUACCGCCAGCCUAUCUAUGGCGGCGCCAAGUACGAGGGCCGAGACUACGAUUCCCAGGCCGUGUCGACACGAGAUGGCGACGCGGCCCCCGAGACUGACGCGGAUGAGACGGAGAGCAUGGUGCCCCUCCUCCGCGCCAUCAUGGCGGACCACCCGGAGGCCAACGCGUUGUGUGCGGGUGCGAUUCUGUCGACAUACCAGCGGACGCGUGUAGAAUCCGUCGCGCUGCGUCUGGGCCUUACGCCGCUGGCGUAUCUCUGGAAGUACCCUGUGUUGCCGCCGGUCAUUCCGGGAGCCGUCGAGGAAGCCCAGCUGCUCCACGACAUGGCAGCCGCCGGGCUGGACGCAAGGAUCAUCAAGGUCGCGAGCGCGGGGCUUGAUGACGACUUCUUGUGGGAGAAGGUGAGCAGCAUCGCAGGCGCCGCGCGCGUGAAGCGUGCUCUGAGGAAGUUUGGCGCUGCCGAGGGUUCCGUCAUUGGCGAGGGAGGCGAGUUCGAGACGCUCGUGCUCGACGGCCCGCCCAGCUUGUUUCGGAAGGCCAUCGAGGUGCCGGAGUCCGGUAGACGGGUUGUCAAGGAGGGCGGCGGGACGUCGUGGUUGAGCUUUCAGGGGGCGAGUGUCCGAGAGAAGCCAACCCCUGAGACGGACUCGGGAGAGAGCUGUCCUCCGCCCCGGGUGCCCGACGUUCUCGACCCGAGAUUCCAAUCCCUGCUGGAUGCUCUUCCUCCAGCCCAGGAAGCCCUGUCCGGCGAAGGCUUUGCGAAAGGCGACGGUAACGUAUCGGCGUCUUCCAAGGCUCCUUCGGAUGACAUCCACUGGUCUUUCGCUGCCAAGGCGGCAGAAGAUCAGAACCUGUCUGUCGAGGAGCAAACCGAGGAGAUAGUCCGGCAAGUUCACAAGCGCCUCGCUGACCACUCUCCGCCGCUGCCUACGACAGCCAUCACCAACACCGUCAUUGCCCUGAGUUCCAUGUCAGAUUUCCCCGCGGUCAACAAGAUCUACAGCAAGCUGUUCCAGCAUCCAAACCCUCCAUCCCGGGUGACCAUCUCGUGCAGCGGGUUUCAGGCGGGAAGCGCUAUCAACAUCCAUCUAACAGUAAAGCCAAACCUGGAACCCCGUGAGCGGAAUGGACUUCACGUUCAGUCACGAUCCUACUGGGCGCCUGCGAACAUUGGCCCGUACAGCCAGGCCAUCGACGUGCCCCUGAGCAACCAGGCGGCUCCGUCGCAAGGCGAGCAAGAAGCGGGCCAGGCUGGAGUCAGAUCAGUGGCGAUUGCAGGCCAGAUUCCGCUCGUACCGGCGAGCAUGAUCUUGCCUACUGAGACGACGGGCAACUUGGAAAUGCAAAUUAUCCUGUCUCUGCAGCAUCUCUGGCGCAUAGCCACCGAGAUGAAGGUGCAGCUGUGGACCAGCGCGGUUGCGUACUUCCCGCACACGCCGGAAGAGGCGGACAAGAGGCGCCAGAGUCAUCUCGCCGCCGCUGCGUGGAAGGGCGCACAUGCCCCCGAUGAAGACGAGGACGGGGACAACGAAGGCGGGCCCGACCUGUGGGAUCGGAAGUUUAACCCGGCGUACAUGUCCCUCGGCGAUGACGCCGCCGCUCCGCAAAAGCUUCCGGACUGGUCUGUCGUCAAGGGCGCGACCGAAGAGGACGAAGGAGAGGGCAAGAAGCCGGUACCCCCUUUCUUCGCCGUUGAAGUCGAGGAACUCCCCCGCCAAGCCGGCGUGGAAUGGCACGCCCACCUCGGCCUCUGGCGUCUCGCGUCGUCGUCCGUCGAGUACCAGACCUUCGACCUCGAGCCAUCGCCCACCGAGCCCUUCUACAGACGCGUCUGCCACGUCGUGGUCUCGGGGAUGCUCGUCCACACCACCAUCUCCUGGCUCGCGAGACGGGGCGCGGGCGCUCGCCCGCCAACGUCCUUCUCUGACAUCAGCGAGUGGAUGGGGCGCGCGUACCUAAAGUCCAUCGGCAGCGAGCAGCACACGUCGGAGGCCGGCUUCGCCUACCUCAUGUAUUUGAACGUGUCGGAGUGCACGUCUGCGGCCGAGGCGCCGGCUGGGGAAGGGAAGGACCAAGAUCGGACGACGGCGUACAUCAAGGCCAAGUCCAUCUACGACGAGAAUGGGGGGCUGGUUCUUGCUGUUGGGUUGUGGAAGUAG